AUGGAUAGGCUCGCUGUACUCGAAUCCUACGGCUGUGGUCAGAGUGAAUGGGAUCCUGUCGGAGCCGUUCGACAUUUCGAAUGGUACUCAUCAGGGAGGUACUCAACAGGGUCCCCUCUUAUAUUCCUUCUCUCCUUGGAUCCACUUCUUAGGACGAUACAGACGUCCCCAGAUAUCAGUGGCCUUGAGUCCAAAGCGGGACACCAGAAAGUUGCUGCCUAUGCAGAUGAUCUCCUACACUAUGUAUCAAACCCAGAAAUAUCGCUGCCCAAUCUUUUACAAGCUCUGGAGACCUAUGGACGCCUCUCAAAUUUCAAACUGAACCUCAGUAAAUCGAAGGCAGUUAAUAUCUCGAUCCCUGCCAGCCGCCUACGUGGCCUCCAGAGGUCCUUUCAGUUUAAAUGGGCGUCAUCUCACAUCACAUAUCUAGGGGUAUCUAUCCCGGCAGACAUUAAGGACACCUUUGCUCUGAACUUCAUCCCCAUUCAGAAACGUAUCUUCUCAGAUCUGAAGUCCUGGGACCGCUCCACGUUUACGUGGAUGGGUCGCAAUAGCAUUUUAAAAAUGACAAUUCUGCCCAGACUACUCUAUCUCUUCCAAACGUUACCAAUUAUUGUCCCUGAUAUGUAUCUAAGACAGAUGCGUUCUCUCUUCUUGGCCUUUCUGUGGGCUAACAAGAGGGCUCGAUUGCGUCAUCAGAUCCUAUCCAGACCUCGAGCGGCGGUAUACCUGUUCAGUUACUUCUAUGUUGGAGGUGCAGCAGGAAUAAAUAGAGAAUUCUGGAUUGCCAUUCAAGAAAAAACAUGGGAUUAUGCUCCCAGUGGCUUUAAUAAAAUUUCUGGAAAACCUAUUGAUGUGGAUGAACAUGCCAGCACCUAUUUACGACAGGACUCCAACAGAAUUGGAAGAAAAUAUAAAAAGGCUCUUUAUAUUGAAUACACAAAUGGCUCAUACAUGGAAGAAAAGAAAAAGCCGAGCUGGCAGGGAAUUGUGGGUCCCAUCAUGAGAGCAGAAAUUGGUGACAAUAUCACUAUUCAUCUUUUAAACAAUGCUUCCAGAGCGUAUGGGUUUCAUCCACAUGGAGUGCGAUACACAAAAGGAAAUGAAGGAGCAUUUUAUCCAGACAAUACAUCAGGAAAUGACAAAAACGAUGAUCAUGUCCAGCCUGGCAUGUUACAAACUUACAGGUGGGAAGUUGUGGAAGAUCAAGGCCCAACUGAAUGGGACGAUGACUGCAUUACCAGGAUUUAUCAUUCACACUAUGAAUCUCCACGAGAGAUAUACUCUGGACUUGUGGGAACCUUGAUUAUUUGUAAGAGAGGUGUCCUGGAAAAGAAGAAGAAGAAAACGGAGGAGUAUGUCUUAAUGUUAUCUGUGAUAGAUGAAAACCUGAGCUGGUAUAUUGAUGAUAACAUAAAUAGUUACUGUACUGAUCCUGCUUCAGUGGAUAAAGAAGAUGAAGGCUUUACGGAAAGCAAUUUAAAGUACUCCAUCAAUGGAUACAUGUUUGGCAAUCUUCCUGGCCUCUCUGUAUGUGAUAACACAUAUGUAAUGUGGUACAUUUUUACUGUGGGAAAUGAAAUAGAUGUACACUCUAUCUAUUUCUAUGGUCACGUACUGACAUACCAACACAGGCGUGUAGACACUAUCAGUCUCCUCCCUGCAUCAAUGCUUCAAGCUUCAAUGUUAACACAGAAUCCCGGAAAGUGGCUUGCCACCUCUCAGGUUAAUGAACAUCUUGAAGGUGGCAUGCAGGCAAUCUAUGAAGUCAGGAACUGCUCCAAAUUGGGUCCUCCUUCUCAAUAUCAAUCCACUGUUAGACGGUAUUAUAUUGCUGCAUUAGAGAUCAUCUGGAACUAUGGUCCAACCUCAAUCAACCAAUUCACUGGGCAAAAGUUAGAUGCUCCUGGGAGUGACUCAGCAAAAUAUUUUGAGCAAAAUGAUUUGAGAAUUGGAGGAAGUUAUAUGAAAGCCGUGUAUAGGGAAUUCACAGACUCAACAUUCACUAAGGAGAAACCACGAUCCCAAAACGAAAUACAUCUUGGAAUUCUGGGACCCGUCUUUCGAGCACAGGUAGGAGAUACUAUUGAGGUUAUAUUUAAGAAUAAUGCAAGGCAUCCAUACAGCAUUCAGGUCCACGGAGUGAGCCAUGGAAAGGAUAUGGAAGGUGCUGUCUACAAAACUGGUUUUAUCACUACUGGUCAGAAUGGUCAAUCCCGUCCUUCCCACGUGGCUCCAGGAGACACUGUGACAUAUCAGUGGAAAGUACCAGACAGUGUGGCUCCCACCAGUGAAGAUCUGAACUGCAUAGCAUGGCUCUAUUACUCAUCAGUGGAUCCAGUCAAAGACACCAACUCUGGCCUUGUUGGUCCGCUAUUAGUGUGUAAUAAAUUGACUAGCACCAAUCAGACAGGUGCAGAUUACGAUUUUGUGAUGAUGCCUACUGUAUUUGAUGAGAACAAAAGCUGGUACCUGCAAGACAACAUUAAUCGAUUUGCAGGCAACCCAGAAUCCGUGGACGUGAACGAUCCUGAUUUCGUGGAGUCUAAUAAUAUGCAUUCUAUCAAUGGGUACAUGUAUGGGAAUCAAUACGGCCUAGAUUUGUGUGUAGGAUCUACAGCACGCUGGCAUUUUCUGGGACUUGGUUCCGUCAUUGAUAUUCAUGGAAUUCACUUCACAGGAAAUACUAUCCAGAUAAAUAAAAACACAAGGGAUGUUGUGAGCAUUACUCCACAUGUCUCAUAUUCUGCUGUAAUGACACCAGACAAUGAAGGUGUUUUUAAUGUGGAAUGUAUGACUGCUGACCAUUACACAAGCGGAAUGAGACAGCACUACAGGGUGAAUGCAUGUGGUAAACUCAUUGCUAAAGAAUCACCUGCCUUCCGUACUGUCACAUAUUAUAUUGCUGCUGAAGAAAUAGAAUGGAACUAUUGCCCGGACCGAACCUGGGAUUAUACAAUGCACCCUGACAGCAGUAACAG